AUGGCUGCUUCACAAGCUGCUCUGCCAUUUCUAUCUCGGGCAGUGACAAAUCAAACUUACACACAUUUAAGCUCAACUGCUCUGAUUUCCUUUAAAUCGUGUUUCAAAAUACGGCAGCACAAACACUACUUGUUCUCACCACAGAAGGGCAAGAAGAUAUGUCGAAAUUAUUACACCAGAAGCCAUGUGAUUGGGAUUCACAGUAGAAUUUCCAGAAAAAAGCUAGAUGUUCAGGCAAAAUCUUGGCGUCGUUAUUGUUCUGGGGUUGAAAAUGUUCGAGAGGCAUAUGAAGAGAAUGGCGUGGCCAGGGAAGCUAGCAAUCAAGUUCCUGAGUCUUCACAUUAUGUGGACUAUGGAACGAAAUUACAUUCAAAAGCUAUUAGUGACACAUUUGGUGAAGUUGGUACCGAUUCUUUGGAGGAUGAAGCUUGGAAUUUGUUGCGGGCAUCGGUUGUGUAUUAUGGUGGGAAUCCAGUUGGUACAAUUGCUGCUAAUGACCCAAGUGACUCGAAUAUGCUCAACUAUGAUCAAGUCUUUAUCCGUGAUUUUAUACCUUCCGGGAUUGCUUUCUUAUUAAAGGGUGAAUAUGAAAUCGUCAAGAAUUUCAUCCUGAAUACUCUUCAGCUACAGAGUUGGGUGAAAACUAUGGAUUGCCAUAGUCCUGGACAAGGGCUAAUGCCGGCAAGUUUCAAAGUUCGAGUCAUGCCAUCAGAUGGUGAUGAUUCGAAAACUGAAGAGGCCUUAGAUCCCGACUUUGGUGAGGCGGCAAUUGGGCGGGUGGCCCCAGUGGAUUCUGGCUUGUGGUGGAUCAUAUUGUUACGUGCAUAUGGAAAAUGCAGUGGGGACUUUUCGGUCCAGGAAAGAGUUGAUGUACAGAUUGGCAUCAAGAUGAUCUUACGGCUCUGUUUGACUGAUGGUUUUGACAUGUUUCCGACUCUAUUAGUUACGGAUGGGUCGUGCAUGAUCGAUCGCCGCAUGGGUAUCCAUGGCCAUCCGCUCGAAAUCCAGUCACUAUUUUAUUCAGCACUGCUUUGCGCGCGGGAGAUGCUAUCCCCAGAGGACCGCCGUACGGACCUCAUGACGGCCCUCAACAACCGACUUGUGGCUCUGUCGAUUCACAUACGCGAGUAUUACUGGAUAGACAUGAGGAAGCUGAACGAGAUUUACCGGUACAAGACAGAGGAGUACUCUUAUGAUGCGGUGAACAAGUUCAACAUAUACCCAGAUCAGAUUCCUCCCUGGCUCGUCAGCUGGAUGCCCGACAACGGUGGUUACCUCAUCGGGAACCUCCAGCCGGCCCACAUGGACUUCCGUUUCUUUUCUUUGGGGAACUUGUGGGCCAUAGUCUGUGGGCUUGCUACAGUGGACCAAUCGCACGCGAUAUUGGAUCUCGUGGAGGCCAAAUGGGAUGACCUUGUGGCGGUCCUUGGUCUUACCACAAUGGAGGUUCUUGGCCAACUUUGCUCUGGCAGUUUCUCAACUGAUUUAUGUCUGACUGUGGCAUGCAUGAAAUUGAAGCGACCAGAAAUCGCUAUGAACGCUAUUAAGGUUGCGGAAAAGCGUAUAGCUCGGGACAGAUGGCCCGAAUACUAUGACACCAAAGGGGCAAGGUUCGUGGGGAAGCAGGCGCGUCUUUACCAGACGUGGUCUAUCGCGGGUUAUCUGGUGGCCAAACUCCUGGUUGAAAAGCCUAGUGCAGCCAACAUCUUGGUCAACUUUGAGGAUGACGAGCUACUGAGUGUCUUCUCAUCGACCCUCAGUGAAAACCCAAGGGGCAAACGCAAGAAGGGGCCAAAGCAGAGUUUCAUUGUCUGA